AGCCGAGGAACCGAAAGAGAAAACGGGCGGGGCCGGGGCCGGGGCCGGCGGCGGAGCGGGCGCGGGAUGGAGCUGCGGGCGCUGCGGUGGCUGCUCGGGCUGCUGUGCUGCUGCGGCGGCGGGGGCCGUGCGGGCUCCGGCGCCACCUUGCCCCCGACCUGGCCGCGGAGUCGCGAGCGAGAGGCAGCCGCCUUCCGGGAAAGUCUUAAUAGACACCGAUAUUUGAAUUCUUUAUUUCCUAGUGAAAACUCCACUGCCUUUUAUGGAAUAAAUCAGUUUUCUUAUUUGUUUCCUGAAGAGUUUAAAGCCAUCUAUUUAAGAAGCAAACCUUCCAAGUUUCCCAGAUACCCGGCAGAAUUGCAAAUGCCCAUCCCCAAUGUGUCUUUGCCAUUAAGAUUUGACUGGAGGGACAAGCAUGUCGUAACCCAAGUGAGAAACCAGCAGACGUGUGGAGGAUGCUGGGCCUUCAGUGUGGUCGGUGCAGUAGAGUCUGCAUGUGCAAUAAAAGGAGAGCCCCUGGAAGACCUAAGCGUGCAGCAAGUCAUUGACUGUUCCUAUAAUAAUUACGGCUGCAAUGGAGGCUCUACCGUCAAUGCUUUGAACUGGCUAAACAAGAUGCAAGUAAAACUUGUGAAAGAUUCAGAAUAUCCUUUUAAAGCACAAAAUGGCCUUUGCCAUUACUUUUCUGGCUCACAUUCUGGAAUUUCAAUCAAAGAUUAUUCUGAAUAUGAUUUUAAUGAGCAGGAAGAUGAAAUGGCAAAAGCACUUCUUACUUUUGGCCCUUUGGUAGUCAUAGUGGAUGCAGUAAGCUGGCAAGAUUAUCUGGGAGGCAUCAUACAGCAUCAUUGUUCUAGUGGAGAAGCAAAUCAUGCAGUUCUCAUAACUGGUUUUGAUAAAACAGGAAGUACUCCGUAUUGGAUUGUGCGGAAUUCAUGGGGAAGUUCAUGGGGAGUAGAUGGCUAUGCCCACGUCAAAAUGGGGAGUAAUAUCUGUGGUAUUGCGGAUUCAGUUUCUGCUGUAUUUGUGUGAUACAUGGGGCAGGUGAAGAGAGAACUACAAAAAUGAAGGAUUUCAUAACACAGUGUAAUGUCAUACUUCAUCAUAAGUCUUAUUCAACGUCAGGCUUCAGUGACUGCCUACAAACGAUGCUAGGGCCUGGGAGUAUUGAAACUAAGUUGUAGGAUGUUCCGAUCGUGUAGAGAGAAAGCGAUGUCUAGAGCAAGGACCCACCACCAGCCCCGCAGCCUGCAGGGAAAUCUGUGGACCGGUUUCCUACGCAGAGGAGGAAGGUCAGAGUAGGAGAUAUUUUAGGCCCCUCCCACUUGAAGAGACACUUGUUUGGUUUUGUUUCCUUAUUAUCUGUUUGCUUGCUUAUUUGUUUCUAAUGAGAUUCUUCAGAUGGGAUCACAGAGGUGGUAAGAAUUUCUUUUCUUUUCCAGGAUACAAUCGUUAACCUUAGAUUACCCCUCUAGGCGUGAAGGGCCAAACUAAAAUUAGGUGUGCCUCACACAACGGCAAGAGCAGCCCCUGGAUUUGGAACAUCAAGCGCUUUACCUCGACAAAGAGUGCUUCGUUAGCCCUGGAGUAGCAAAGUGACCGUGGAGGAGAAAACAAAGGCAAAAUCGCUUCUUAGUACAAACAGUUAAAUGGAUAGAAACCAAAUCACCAAUAUGGCAACUAUGUAAUCAGAAAUCUCCAGUAGCAUUCGUGAGAGACAUAGUCUUUGGAAAUUGUCAUUGCUGAUAGGAAACCCACACAUUUUCGUUCUUCACUCCCCCCCUCCCGUAUUAAAGAGGAAAGUAUGACGUCACAUUUCCACCCACUUCCUCUUCCACCCAGUUUUCCUACUGCUUUGGCUCCCCUGACCAAUGAAUUAAGUUUCACUUUUACUUUCUAGUUCUGUUUUCUAGCUAUUUUCUCGGCUCCCUUUGUCUCUGUGCCUUUACCAACAUAAGACUCUCACCUCC